AUGCUUUUAACUAUUCAACCUGACAGCUAUACGCUGCAGUGUGUUCUGCCGAUCAAUCACUUUGUGGAGAAAAUCUACGUCUUCCUGUGGUUUUGGUUCGUGAUUUUGGGAGCACUAACCACCCUGAACACGAUCAAUUGGGCUGUAAACACGGUACUUCCUUUACGCCGAGUCUACUACAUCAAGCAGUACCUAAAAGCGCUUCGACUUAUCUCGAGCACCGAGGAACGCGACUGUACCCGUUUUGCCAACAACACCCUCGGGCCCGACGGUGUCUUCAUCUUGCACGUCGUAUCCAAGAUCGCCAGUGACCUGAUUGCUUUGGAUGUGACUGCCACCCUCUGGAAGAACUAUCGACAGGCCAAGAUUACUGGGACCGAGGAGGACGUCAAUCGGCUCCUAGAGACAGUCAACCGCGGUUCCAGCACCGUAUAG